UUUGAGUAGCCUGUGAAAAGUAGAAUAGUCGGGCAACAGCCAAGCGAAAACAUGAAUUUCGUCGUAGCUGCUCUUCUUGUUGCUUUUAUUGGCCUCGCGUCAGCUGGACAUUUCGGCGGUUAUGGAGGUGAUUUCGGAGGGGGUUAUGGUGAUGAGCAUGGUCACGCUGUGAUUUCACACGCCAAAAUCGCGAAGGUGUCCUACGUGAAGACCCCCGUCGUCUCUACACAUUAUGUGAAGAAGCCCGUCGUUUCCUAUGUCUCGAAACCCGUUAAGUCCAUCUCGUACGUAUCGAAGCCUGUAGUUUCGGUCUCGAGCAUUCCCGUCAUCUCGCACGGAUACGGAGGGGGCUUCGGAGGUGGUUUUGGAGGGGGACACGGAUGGUGAUAAUCGAGGAGCAGAACAAGGGCAGCAAACGAGGCGUACGCCUGGGAAUUGAUGAGCAAGAUUCUUGUAGAAAUGUCCUAUGGUAUAAUCAAAGCCGUUUAUUUUUGUAAAUACAAUAAAUGUAUGCUGUGAUUCGACUUAGAAACGUUUGUGAACAUAGACAUUUUAAUUUCUUUGCUUCGUUGAAAUACUCUGUCAAAUUUUCAUUGCAAACAAUCUUCCACCGAGCAUUAUGUGUAGGGGGCGAUAGGGGCCUGAGGCUGGCGGGAACGGAGGGGUGUAUUUGAAAAGAUUCGAACUAGCCGCCAGCAGCUUGUGUGAAGUACUGACAGCUUGCCCCGCUAGGCGUAUAUAUCCAGUUUUAAGUUAAGUGACUUUUGGCAAAGAUGAGUGUACUCGCUUGGUGGUGAAUGUGCAGACGGGAACCCUUUUUUUUUAUUGUUACACAAAAUGUCUGUCGCGAGCUUCUUGAGUACUCCUUCACUAUUAAAGCCGAUCCAUUCUGAAUCAUGGUUCUUUCUCGUA